GGAAUCUCGCUACCACAGAAGAAGAAGUAAAACAAAGAGAGGGGGAGGAAGAAGAGGCGAGGGCUAACACGGAAAGGUUCGACACACGCCAACUGGGUUGCCUCAUCACGGAAUCACCCCUUAAUUUGCAGUGUAUAUAUAUUUCUGUACGAAACACCAUCACCACCACCACCAUCACCAACAAAUCUCAUGAGUAUGUUUGAUCUUGAGGAGCAACAAGGUGUGACCGAGAGCGGCGCACUUGUAGAGGCUGUCCUCGUCACCUCCGAUGACGCCGUGGCGAAGGUGAACUCUGAGGAUGUCGGGCCUGCUGUGCCGUCCCUGAAUCCACUGACUGCUGCGCUGCAUCAUAGCGGUGAUUGUGGGGGAGAAACGCCAACGAAGCAUCACGCAGAAGGCGUCGAGAGCGAAUUUACUGUUCCGAAUCCGCUCUCGGGUGACUCUCCGCCUCCCAAGGCGAAGGAGAAGAUGAACGGCAGUAGCGGCAGCAACGACGGGGAGCUUCCCCUCCGAAAAGAUGCCGCUCUUGCGGAGUGCAGCGUCGACGCCAACGACCAUCACGCUGCGUCGGCCAACAGACAACAGAGGGCGGCGAAGGAGAUCGACGAUGCAACCCGUGUCGUGCGCCACCCGCGGUCCGCGGAGCCCUUUAUCUACUGCUGUGUGGAUUUCAGGAAGUACCCGAACAUGUGGAGGCACGUGGAGCCGCGCCGGAACGGGUUUCAGCGACCUUUUAACGGCUACUUCAUCGCCGCUUUAAUCUACGAAAUUGUGGUUAUCGCGCUGACCUACGCCUCCGUACUGGGCGGCUACGUUUUGCUCUACACCAAAGAUAAGGAAGACUGCUUGGUGGAGCUGCUGCUCUUCCCUAUUGUGUUCACCGUGGUGGUUAUCGGCUUGUACGUGUUCUUUUUUCUGGCGGUCUUUGCUGAUAUUAACGAUCACGGAGGUGGUGGUGGUCGCUGCGCCGACUGCCAGAUCCGGUGUCACACCGGCUCGAAGCACUGCAAGGCGUGCAACACAUGCGUGCGCCAGUUUGAUCAUCACUGCAAGUGGUUGAACACGUGCGUGGGCGGUGGUAACUACCGCUACUUCUUUUCGUUUGUCUCGUGCGCCGUCGGCGGCAGCUUGUGGGCUUUGGUUUCGUGUCUGUGCAUGUUGGCACGGUGGUGGACCGCGCUGAGUCGUCACAGCGCGUUUUUUCGGGUAGGGGCGAUUAUCGUCUGUGUGAUUGCCCUCCUUGGCUGUGUGCGGAUCUCUCUGCUGUGGACCUUUCACGUGUACCUUUGCUGGACGCGACAGACGACGUACGAGUACCUGCAGCGUAGUGACAGCACCACGAUUGUUCUUCCGACGAAGGAGGAGAUGGCGAGGGGAGGCGGACAGGGUGGGAAGGAAAGACAACGCUGCCGCUGCUGGUGUGUGUGA